AUGAAUUCUGACUCUAGCUCAAUGUCCAGCAGAGCCUCCUCUCCAGACAUGGAUGAGAUGUAUCUCAGAGGUCACCACCACCAUCACCAUCAUCAUCAUCACCACGACAGCCGACUCAACUCAGUCUCCUCCACUCAGAACGAUCUCAUGCAGAAGAUGUCAGAUGAAGUCCUCUCCAGACACAGCUCCAAGGGAGAUGGAGAUAGCAGCAAAUACAAACUCAAGAAGCAACUGUCUGAGCAAGACAUUCAACAGCUCAGGUUGAAAAUAAAUGGCCGGGAGCGUAAAAGGAUGCACGACCUGAACCUUGCCAUGGAUGGCUUGAGGGAAGUCAUGCCCUAUGCCCAUGGGCCAUCAGUAAGGAAACUUUCCAAAAUCGCCACCUUGCUGCUUGCCAGAAACUAUAUCCUGAUGCUGACAAGCUCCUUGGAGGAGAUGAAACGACUUGUGGGUGAGAUCUAUGGAGGUCACCAUUCAGCAUUUCACUGUGGGACAGUGGGGCAUUCGGCCACUCACCCAGUCCACCCAUCCAACGCAGUCCAUCAGGUGCACCCCAUCUUGGGCAGCGCAUUGGCAUCCAACAACUCAUCUGGCCUUUCUGCCAGUUUACCAGGAAUUGGCAACAUCAGACCAGCACAUUCACUACUGAAAACCCCCUCCGCCCCUCCAAUGCCCCUUGGCAGUGGCUUCCAGCACUGGGCAGGUCUCCCAUGUCCCUGCACUAUCUGUCAAAUGCCACCACCACCCCAGCUCUCUGCCCUGACAAGCAGUUUGGGCAGGAUGUCUUCAGAAGCCAAGGACUUACUGAAGUAG